AUGGCUUUCGAGGCCGACAAGCACCUAGCAGCUGAGUGUACUACAGGCCGCGUCGAGCUCAGCGCGGCGCUGACCGCAGCGGAGGGGCUAGAGAAGGGCGGGUUUUCCCCUCAGGCCGCGGCUGGCGGCCGUCCGCUGCCCUCCCCCCGCGCCGUUCAGACGUUGCCUGACAGAUGUUCCUGGUUUGAAAAAGAAGACUUAAGUGAGUGUGAAAAACCAUGGAUUUUGUUACUGAAAGACAUCAGUCAAGAUUUACAAUGCACAAAUUGGCAAACAGUGCCCAGUUUUCCAGAAUUCUUUGGAAAGAGUUCUGAGGAAGACAGUCUACGAAAACAAGUCUUCACAAUUGGAAUGAAAGACUUUCAGUGGGUAUCAUUCCCAUCUUUUUGCAAAGAAAAAUGUCUAAACCCAAAGGAUCUUAGCUCCCAUCAGCUAACACAGAGCCAGAUCGACCAUUUGCAUAAAGGACGGGGCCAAGCAGAUAAACUGAAAAGUUUACCUUCUACAGCUGAGAAAACAUGCUGUGUAACUAUUACAGAUCAAGCCAAAAAUAUGGUUGGCAAUGACACAAAAGGUAUUUCAGAACUGGAUGCAAGUCCUAAAUCACGUAAACUCACUCAACACAGAAGUUCUACACACCACUUAACAUUGUCGCAAAGCUCUGGAAAAGCUUUUAGCUUUCAACAGCACUACAGAGGGGCUGUACAGAACAGCAGGGAAAACAGAAAAGAAAAUGAUAGGAAAGAGCUUCAAAUACAAACACAUCAAGGGAAUAUUUCAUUUGGUGAGGCCAGAUAUGCGCCUGCAGAAAAGAAGCCGCCUCUUGUGAGCGUACCUGGAACUGAAAGCUGCAAGGAGAAGACUGAAAAUCAGAGUGAAGGAUUGUCAACUCUUGACAGUUGCCCAAUGUGUCUGAUUCAUUUUAGUGGAACACUGUCACAACUGGAUAUUGAUGGCCAUCUUGCUAGGUGCUUGUCUGAAAGUGUAGAUGAUGUAAUGUGGUAAAUCCAGAAGAAUGAAGUGCGAAGGAACAAGGCCACGGAUGAACCUUUCUCAAAGGAAAAGAAAAAAAUGUGUCAAGGAAGCACGUCCUUGUUUCGAACUUGCUUAAAGAUCACAAACCAAUAACUCAACAGAAGGUCAAAGUGCCACCUGCCUGUUUGGGGUCUUUUUAUUUUAAAUCCUCUCAAAUGCAUGUAAAGUAGUUCUAGUUCUGAAAAUGGUGCUAUAGGAUGUCCCAGAGACCCCCAGGGAAAUCAGUCUUGGCACUCCUGGAAUCUGGGUACUUCUGAAAAAAAAAUGUACUAUUGUAAAUCCCUGAAGAACCAGUUUUUGUCUGAUGCACCAUAGUUCCGAAUCUCUAAGUGUAGAAGAAAGCAGCUGAACAAGAGAUAACUAUUAUUUAAUCUAAUCCAGAAGUUUACUGACCUUUUACUUUUUCUUCUAAACAGGUAAUCUGUGAAAAUAAGCUUAAUUAAAAAGUCAUUCAAGCUUAAUAUUUUUAAUGAUUUUAAUAUCUAAGUAAGAACUUAUAUGACUGUACAGUUGAUUCUGUGAGUAUAUCUAUGUUAAAAGAAAACGCAACCCAGACCAAAUAAAGGGCAUUUGUUUUUUUUUAUCUUUCUGAAAGAACACAGCUAAAUUCAUAACCUUACUUUGUAGGGUUCUAAGUCAGUAUCCACUUGAUUAACAUGACUAGUCUCAACUAACUAGGCUCCAGAAAGAACAUUUCUCCUGCCGGUUUCACAAGGUUCAAUAUAGUCAGUCAGCCAAAACAGCUGCUUUUUGCAUCAGUUCCAACCCUCUCCCUUAGAAACCACCAAUGUUUGAGAAUAAAGAACACCUGAGAGUUUCUUUUGGCUAGAAGGUAUUCAGAAGACUCAUCUACUGUUUUGGUAACUUCUUAGUAGUAGCAGGUAAACAUUUUGUAAGCUUGAGAAAAGCAACCUUUUCCAUGAAUGACAAUAAAUGACAUUUAGUGAUAGUUUAGUAACAACAAAUGGAAGGGAUGAAAUAAACUAGAAUAGGUCGUUCAUUUCCCCCAAGUACAGUUAAUUGUUUCCUGAACAGGGUAUCCUGUUCAUGCAGUAUACCGUGUCUCCAGUCACGGCCUUACAGUUCAAAUUAGUUUCUUGUCAAAGGGCUAUAUGCAAGAGUAAUACAGUUGUGCCCCUUUCAGCUAUUUUGAUCACAGCUGCCUUCACAUACAGAGGAGUGCAACUAGAUUAACAAACUUCAGUAUCUGAAUGGUUUUCUAUCUCAGCAAACCUCUGCCCUGGACCUCAAAAGUGUACAGUUCAGGUGCGACCCAAAGAUACAGAAUAAACAUAGAACACAGUAUCAAAAUACAGGAAGAAUCCUAUAGGUUUAAUUUACAAUGGGGUCUCUUUAAAAAGUGCAAGUUGGACAUAGCUCAGUUUACUGAUAAAUAAUAACAGUCUAUUAACUUUUUCAUUAAAGUCUUUAAUAGAUGUGCAAGAAUAUAAAUGAUCUUAGCUGUUAUGGAUUAGUAUACCAUCUUCUGCACAAUUAAAACUGGUCAGCAAAGAUCCCAACUAAUUAAUUAUACAAAACUACAAGAACAUAUUUACUGUUUUACAAUCAUUAAAUUAGCUAGAAUUUUCGUUUACUAUUUCAAAUAAGACAACUAUAUAUCAUUACCAGAUCCAUUUGUAAUAUAUUAGGAUUUUUUUUCCAAACCACACAUUUAAUUACAUCCUUCAUUUUCUUUUAUUUAUAAAACAAGUACUUUAUAUAAAAAAUUUCCCCUUCAUCAUGAACAGAACAUUAUUCAAACACUUGCACAUGAGCAACCAAACUUGUAUCCAGCAAACUAUUUGGCAACACAGCAACAUUGUAAAUGCCUGUAAAUUUUCAAAUAAAAUCAAGUAGUCUUUACAAUGUUUGUUUAGCAAA